UCAUUUGUUCUUUUAUCUCAAAAGAAACUAGUUUGCUGUUUACUCACUUCAAGUCUGAACAACAGGCUGUUAGAGCAAAUACUACACUAUUUGCAAUACUAAUCUCUAUUCGGAUUCGGAUCAUAGAUCAUUCAAAAGAGUUGUCUCUUCAGAUCAGGUUGAGUUAAUAUGUACGGACAAGGAGGUAUCGGAUUCAACGCUCCCCCGCCUGGAGGUUAUCCCCCACCAGGGGGUGCCCCGGGAUAUCCCCCUCAGCCUGGAUACCCCCCUCAACCAGGUUACGCGCCACAACCAGGGUACCCGCCUCAAGGGCAACCAGGAUACCCUCCUCAGGGGCAGCCGGGAUACCCCCCUCAAGGUCAGCCGGGUGGGUAUCCGCCCCAGGGACAGCCAGGAUACCCUCCCCAAGGAGGCUACCCUCCACAGCAGCCAGGUGGCUAUCCCCCUCAGCAUCAGGGAUACCCACCUCAGCAGUCGGGUGGAUACCCGCCACAAGGAGGAUACCCGCCCCAAGGAGGUUACCCUCCACAAGGAGGAUACCCUCCUUCAGGAUACCCUCCACCUGCAGGGGGUGCUUAUGGACAGCAAGGCGGAUACCCUCCCCAGGCGCAAGGGGGCUAUGUCGGUCACGCAGGUGGGUACCCGCAACCCCCUCCACAAGCAGCCGGAGGUUUUCCUCCUCCACAACAAGCUCCUGCAAAUCCGUACGGCGGCGCGCCGCCUGGGUCAAAACCGCAGCCACCUGUUCAGCAAAUUGCAGCUAUGUCGUUGAACUCAUCGCCGGGAGGAGGAACUCAAAUACCGAAGUACGAAGGCACAGUAAAGCCAUUCAGCCCAUUUGACAAAGAGAAAGAUGCACAAGGGUUGCGACAGGCAAUGAAAGGUUUGGGUACGAACGAAAGUGAACUAAUCGGCAUUCUGUGUCGACGAACUAAUGAGCAAAGACAGCAGAUCAAGCUGUCUUUCAAGCAAUGCUUUGGACGAGACCUGAUCAAAGACCUGAAGUCGGAGCUCAGUGGGAAUUUCGAACGAGUUAUUCUUGCUGUAAUGAUGCCUAGUGCCGACUACGAUGCAGAAUGCAUUAGGAGGGCAAUCAAAGGUCUAGGAACUAACGACGACGCCCUGAUUGAGAUCCUGUGCUCGCGAACAAACGAAGAGCUAAAUGCAGCCAAGGCAUCUUACAAGACCUUGUUCAAGCGCGAAAUGGAGGCUGAUAUUAAUAGUGAUACUAGCGGAGACUACAAGCGACUCAUGAACCAGAUGCAGAACGCGUGUAGGGAUCCGGAUAGUACUCCGCUAGACCAAGGAAAAGCGACUGCUGAUGCCCAGGCCAUCUACACGGCAGGAGAGAAGAAACUGGGCACUGAUGAGGAAACUUUCCGUCGGAUAUUCGCGACUCGAAGCUGGCCUCAACUGAACCUCAUGUUUCAAGAGUACCAAAAACUUUACCAUAAGGACAUAGAAACAGUGCUGAAGGGUGAGUUGUCGGCCAAUUUUGAGCGUGCGAUGCGUGUGAUUGCUCACUGUGCCAAGAACAAGCCGGACUUCUUCGCAGUGCGACUGCAUGACUCCAUGGCUGGUAUGGGCACUGACGAGGACACACUCACUCGGUUGGUGGUGUCCAGAUGCGAGAAGGAUAUGGUACAGGUGAAGCAGUGCUUCCAGCAAAGAUAUAGGAAGCCCCUUGAGAAAUGGAUUGAGGAGGACGUCAGUGGGGACUACAGGAAGGCUCUAGUAGCUCUGUGUGGGGGACACCCCAGAUAGACUUGAACAUACACAAACGGACCAAAAUGGCCUGUAAAUGACUGAAUCUCAUCCUAUUCUACUUCUACAAUUAAUGAUUAAAUGAAACAGAUGGUUGUUAACAAAUUUAUUGUACACCGCGUUAAAUGUGUUUGAACAUUUAAAAUUAAAUUUCUACCUUCGAAUUCAAAAUACUUUUCAACGAUCUAGGAAAUUGGACCUGAAAGCUUUCAAUUCUUUUUUUGCGUUGUACAAUAUAUAUGUUACUAAGUCUAGAUGACGCAUGAGCUUUUUUGGAGUUGUUUCUUCAAAAUAGAUGUUUAAUUGUGUUCAAUCAUCGAAACUAUCUAUAUUUUUCUUUCGCAUGCUUUGAUGCAUGUUCUAUUCAUUGGCUUAAAAUAGAAUUUAAUGAUGAUAAAAUGAAUUGCACAAUGUGACCAAAUGUAAGAUUUCACGUAAUCAAUAUUCUCUGAAGUGUGCUUCGUUUUUUUUUCUCUAACAGGAUUUUACAUUCUUUAUUAUUAUUUCAUCAGUGGCUUUGUGCGAUUAGUCUUUGCUGUGUUGUGUGAUGUCAAUUAGAUUGACUUAGAAUUAAGCUUCCUUGUGAAAUCAUCUCAAUUUUAAAGUUGUAUAAAAGUAAUCAGGUCUUCUCAAUUAUAGUCCCUUCCCCCAAAUGAAACACUUUAACUGAAAAAUCAGUGUGACUGGGCUAUGUUUUUUUGCUAGGCUGAGGAGGGCUGUAAUGAAAAAAAGCCUGUUAAUUUUGUAGAAUAGAUUGCUUGUCAUUUAUUGCUUAAAUGUGAAAGAACUAACCUAAUGCAUAUUAUUGUGUAAAUUAUAUUUCAAUACUGGAAAUAAAUUGCUAUUAAACAAAAUGUAAUAAAUGAUGCUACAAA